GUUGUGGUGAAAUUUUCUUGUUGAAAAAUGGCUCUUCCUCCUGCAAAGGAAGGCGAAAAGACGUUGGCGCUUUGCCGCUUAUCAGCGCCAUCCUCUCUUCGAUUUGAGCCAGUUGGCCGAUGGUAUGAAGCUAACAUUCAUCGGCGUCAACAUGGCCUUUCCUCGCACCACUCCAGCUCCAGUGCUAGUUCCAGUGCCAGCUCUGAGGGAGGUUAUUCUUCAGAUGAAGAAGAUCACAGAUUUCUCCUAACUUUGGAUCCUACAGAUUGGAAGGUAGAGUGUUAAAAUUGGUAGACUAUGAGUAGUCCCUCUUUCGCUUAGUCUGUCAUGUGUGACGCGAAAGAACACUGCAAGAAAAAAAUGGCCACGUGAAAUCCUGGGGGCGAGGAGCACGUGAAAGGAGGCACCGCUGCCUAAGCCCAAGAGUUUGCCCUUUCACGGCCGAGUGAUUUUUCGGUGUAGAAUUUCUCAUCUUGACGUCCUCUUA